UUCAAAAAUAUCAGAAAGCUGGUAUUGGUUAGAACAGUUGGCCAGCCAACACAAUGGUGUUGCAUUUAACUAUGUAUCAUCAGUCAGUGCAGUGAAAGCAUCACAGAAAGUGGCGACUCCUACGGGAAUGCUACGCCUCCUCAUACGAACCUGUCUUGUCAACAGGUGCCUCCAUGUUCCAGUAGAGAUUCUGGUAAGGAAGAGACAACCAAGGAACUUGUAUGAUGAAACUAUCUCAAUCCUGGGAGAUGAAAUAUUAGGGGAGAUCUUCUUAUCUGUGCUUCUACAAUGCAGCCGUCUGCAGUUUAAGCUUCAUCUAUACAAUGCUUCCUUCCUUGAUGAAACAUGGUUUUUACCACAUUAUCUGAAGCUUGAAUUUGUUCCUUGUAAAGUGCUUGGAAUCUGUGCAUGUUUUGUCAGUGGAAAGGCUGUGAUUGUAGGGAUCAAGAGUGACAGUGUUGCAGCUGAGGAUGACAAGAUUGAAGUCGGUGAUGUUUUGGACGAACUCAAUGGUAACCAUAUUACAACCAGCAAACGAGGAAAACUGUCAUCGAUCAUGAGGAAAGCUUCAGGCCAGCCAAUAAUAAUUAAUGUAAUUAAAGCUCAUUUAUCUGUGACAGGGGACUUUUUCCCACCUAUAAUAUGUCUUUUAAGACAAGCACAUCUAGACCCAGAUGAGCUACAUUCACAGUACAAUGAUAGGCAUAAGCAAGUGCCAAGAGAAGUAAGUGAUAAAUUGAAGAACGUACCUUCUGCAGCCAGACCUGGUUUUGAUGUGACAUUCGUGGGUAGUGUUACUACGGGGAAACAUGGUGAUGUGAAGCAGAUAGAUAAUGCAAUGAGAAUAAUCCUGUUGAAUGGAGGGUCACAUCACCCAUCAUUGUUUGAGAUUCAGGAGAUUGGAAUUAAAGUUACAGAAAAUGCUACAGGGAAGGUACUCUUGAAGCAUUCAUAUAUGGAGAUCUCGUCUUGUGGGAUGAGUGUUAGCAUUCCAAACCAUUUCUCAUACAUUGCAGGAGAUACGAGCUGUAACAUAGCAAAGGCAUAUACAUGUUUUGCCUUUCAGUGCAGUGAUGAGGAACAUAUCCGUACAAUCCUACAGAGCAUCGGCCAAGGCUUUCAGAGAACCCACUUUGCAGUGUGACAAGAUAUCUAAGAUAGCCCAUGGUACAAGAUUAAAUUAAGUGAGAACUUAUGAAGAGCAUCUGCUGUUGAUUUUUGAUUUGAAUAAAAUACAUUCAGAUUGUUGUUUGUUUUUUUUAAUAAGGGGAAGGUGUUUUCUUAUGUGCUGUUUAUUGCUCAGUGUUUUUCUUAUGUACUGCAACCAUUGAUAUCCUGAAAUUAUAAAACUGUCUUAUUGAGGGUUGUUGUGUAGGUAUACUAUAUUUCAGUACAGUUUUGGUUUAACACAGUAAUUACGUUGUGAAAACAGUUUAUUCUCUAGUAUAAGUGCUGAAGUGCUUCUUCCUACAACUCAUCUUUACAGUUCUUAAUGCUCAGUUAUGUCAUCAAUGGCAUUAUAUGCAAAAUCGGACCCCACAUUAGGGAUGUAGGUUGGAAAGGUGUGGGCUUGAUUCAUGUGGUUGAGUGUAGAGACCUGUGGUGGGCUCUUGUGAACACAUAAUGUACCUGUGGAUUCCAUUUGACAAGCUGAGUGUAUUUUAGCUACUAAAAAACUCAGGCCCAUGUAGUUCAAAGUUAAUUAUGUCCUGGCAUUUUAAGAUGGCUCUGUGAAAGAUCAGGAUCUUUGGCAGUAAGUAGGAGCCCAGCAGUUCUUUACACAGAAUUUUUGAUUGCAUGCAUUCUCCAUAUGUUUACUAGUUGUGAGUGAUGUGUUUGGACUUUAAACUCAUUGUAUGUUGUUGAGAUUUCACUUCAAAUUUUAAAAGGACAUACAAAUGUCUGUAACUGUGGUGUUGCUGAUGGUACAUAUCAGUUUGAACUCCAUGUAUCCUGAACUAUGUAAAUGUAUGUUGCAACAGAACAGUUGUGAGAACUUCAUAUUUGUUUAAUAAAUUAUAAGAAUAUUGACAA